GUUUGAUUAACUGUUUAUUUAAGGACAAUAUAUUUUAAUUAAUAUAUCCAGUACAAGUAGAAAUAUUAUAUUUUAGGAAUAAAAAUGGCUUUUAAAAGACGUUUAAUAGAAGUGCCUCUCUUAUUCACAUUUUUUGCUUUAGAAUUAUUAGGUCCAAUAGGAACAAAUCUAACGCUAUAUCGUACCUGCUACAUUAUAUUAGGAUAUAACGAAACAGACUGUGCCUUUUUAGGAAACACAGAAAAUUCUACAUAUAAUGAUUUACAGAAGAAAGUUCAACCAACUGUAAAUGUUAUAAGUACAGUCAAUUCAAUAGUUACCCAAGUCUUCGGAUUAAUUAUUUGUUUGUUUGCUGGUCAAUGGUCUGAUAAGUUUGGAAGGAAACCGAUUCUGUUGGUGUCACAAAUAGGCCAAUUUUUUAGUUACUUAAUUAUGGCAUUGUUUAGUGCCAUUCCUUAUAUAAAUCCAUGGUUCUUCAUGUUGUCAUCUAUACCUUCAAUGAUAACUGGUGGAAUUCCUACAGUUUUAGUAACAAUAUUGUCUUACAUUUCUGAUAUUAGCACUGACGAAACUAGGGGGAUGAGAAUGGCUAUGAUGGAAGGGAUGCUAGGAGCGGGCGUGUUAUUUGGUAGUCUUUCUAGUUCCUAUCUAUAUUAUGCAACUAACUACCCGUCCAUGUAUGGUAUCGCAGCUGGAAUAAUAGGAUUAAACAUAAUUUAUAUUUAUUUUUUUUUGUCCGAGUCUUUGGAAAAUAUCGAACAUGAAAAAAGUUGGAAGGAUAUUUUCAAACCCUCAGACCUAAAAGGAAUGGCUCACGUAAUGACCAAACCAAGAGAAAAGUUUAACAGAGCGAUAAUUUUAUUAUUGACUGUGAUUAUGAUAUUGAAUAUUUUCAUAUUCUACGGUGAUGGUAAAACUUAUCUGUUUUUAAUGGGAAAAUUCAACUGGAACUUGCAGCAUUACACUAUUUUUAACAGUGCAACUGUCAUAAUCUCCGUUAUCGGUACACUAGGUGGUACCUACCUUUUCAAAAAGUUGGGGGUAACCGAGUCAGUCGUUAUUUUAUUAGGUUUGAUGUGUGCAUUCAACGGUGACUUUGUACGAGGAAUUGCAACAGAAGAUUUUCAAAUUUAUUUUGUGGCUGGACUAAAAUUUAUUUCUGGAAUAGUAAACCCACAAUGUAGAACCCUAAUCUCGAAAUUAGUACCUGUUGACGAAAUAGGCAAAGUAUUUGCUUUGAUAAUGGUGGCUGAAUUUAUUAUUAGUAUAGGAGCUUCGCCAUUUUAUACUUUUAUUUACAAUGCCACGGUCUAUACUGAUCCUGGGUUUUAUAAUUUUAUAUCUGCUGGGCUCUUCGGCGUUGAUAUUAUUAUAAUUCUAAUUAUAAUGUUACUGGAAAACAAAACAAGUUUAACUUAUAAGGAAGUUAACACCGAAGAGCCACAAAUUACACCAGAAAGUCUUAGUGAAACAUUUUAAAAAUUGUACCAAAAAAUUUUGUUCUCGAAUAGUUUGUUUAUUAAGAACGAACAUUUUGUUUUAAAAACUGUUAACCAAAAAAAUCACUCGGAAAAUACUAGAGUUGUUAAUUAUUACUAAAUGAUUGCUGCUGUUUGGUUCCGCACCAGAAAACUGGUAAUGGAACUGAACUAACACAGCAGUUAAUUAUUGUUAUGGCAUUUUAGUGGUGCAAUCUUUCGAAAUAGUGGGAGCCAGCCACUUUGUAAAAUUAGUUUGAAUCGAAUGAUAUGGCAAGUAAUACGUCAUGUGACAACUUGUGUGCCUUUUAGUAUAUUUCUAGAUUGUUAUCCGGUUCUACUUCGACUACUAUAUUAUCGUAGUCGUUAGGUUUUAUGAAAAACGCUUGAAUAAAUCAAUUUAUUGAUUUAUUCAUUUGGGCAGCUGUCAUUUUUUUCGUGUUUUUCACAUUUACUUUCUUUCUUUUGUCAAUUAGUUGCACUAUCUCUUCAUUUUCUUCAUCAGGAAUAUCAUCAGGGUAUGUAUCCUCUGCUAUCAUUUUUUUGUGUUAAAAACUCCCGAUUUUCAUUCUCAGAACAUAUUUUCAGUUGCAUAUCUAACCUAUCACAUUUUGAACAGGUAUCUACUUUAGGCUUUUUAAUUUUUAAAUUUAAGUCGUGGAACUCCCCAAAAAACUUAGUAUAGCUUUUGAAAAUUUUGUAUAGGUUUUGAACUGCUUUAAGGUAGGGUACGCUUGUAUUCUACAUAAUAUAGUGCCACUAUCGUCAAAUGUGGAAAAACAAAUUUUUCCCACAAUCUCGUCUUGAGUAGUGGCUUUCAUAAGCUGGUAUUUCAAUUAAAAAUUGAUUUACUUUAUUCUUUUCUUCUUCAGUUAUAAAGGUUUUUCUAAAAUUUCCUCUUUCAUCCGGUUGGAUUAUGCCAGAAGAAGAUGAUCUUUUCUUUUAAAUAAUAGUUUCUAGCAAUCUUCGACUUUCUACGAAUACUUUUAAGAAACAGUUCUUGCAAACAACAACUUUGUUACCAUCAACUUCAAUGUGAUACUUGACACUAGUCUGUCUAAAUUUGUCAGUAUUUUCUUUCCUUUUUUUUCUUGUUUUAGGUUCUUUCUUUUAGACAUAUAAAAUUACUUCUUCUUCUUCUCAGCCUUCAUUUAUCCAAUGUUGGACAUAGGCCUCCUCCAAUUGCUUCCACGCUUUCCUAUCUUUUGCAAUUCUCAUCCACUGCUUUCCAGCUACAGCAGUUAUAUCGUCUAUCCAUCUCUUUUUAGGUCUUCCACGCUUCUUUUUGUUUCUCGAGGUCUCCAGAAUGUCACUUUAUGAGACCAUCUGUUGGUGUCUUGUCUUGCUACAUGUGCUACCCAUUGCCAUCUCAAUGUCGCUAUUUUUCCCAUGAUGUCGGUUACUUUAGUUCUUCGACGUAUUUCGGUGUUAGGAAUUUUGUCUCUGAGGCUUAUAUUUAACAUGGCCCUCUCCAUGGCCCGUUGAGUUACUCUUAAUUGUUCUGCCAUUUUUCUUGUUAUUGCCAUAGUUUCCAAUCCAUAAGUUGCAACUGGUAGUAUACAAGUGUCAUAGGUUUUUCGUUUUAAGUGAAUUGGGAUUUUUCUGUCUUUUAAAAUGAAGCUCAACUUACCAAAAGCAGCCCAUGAUAAUUGUGUCCUUCUUUUAAUUUCUAGGGUUUGAUUUUCCUUUUCAUUUUUAAUUGCA